AUGUCGCAAGGACAGUACAACCAAAAUCCAUACCAUCAAGGACCUGAGCAGGAGGCUGCGCAAGGUUAUGGACAGCCCAACCCUUAUGCUCAGGAUACGCCUUACGGGAACGAUCAGCAAUAUAGCCAGAACGACUAUGAAAUGCAAAACUACAAUAGCUACGGCAACUCACAGCAGCCAAACCAGGCCCCCAGCAGUACCAGCCCCGCCAUGAGCCAGCAAGACUUUCUGAACCAUGUUCAGUCACUUCGCGAUGAGAUCAAGAGCCUCACAGGGCAUGUGGACGAGAUCGGACAGCUUCACCAGCGUACUCUCAGCAGCACGGAUGGCCAGGCGCGCGAUCAGCUAGAACAAGCUGUCGCGCAGACGCAAAUCCGCAACACCGCGAUCAAGGACGGCAUUAAGUCUCUCGAGAAGGACCUGGCGCGCACCCACGAUGCGUCUCGCAACACCAAGAACACGCAGCUCGAAUCGCUCAAGACAUUCUUCCGUUCGGAGCUGGACUUGUACAGGAGCAUCGAGCGAGAUUACCAGCAUAAGUACCGUGAUCAAAUCGCUCGCCAAUACCGUAUUGUGAACCCGGAUGCGUCGGAAGACGAGGUGCAGCAAGCGACAGAGAUGGACUGGGGUAAUGAGGGUGUCUUCCAAACUGCGCUUCGCACCAACCGCACAGGCCAUGCUAGCUCCGUGCUCGGCAACGUUCGCGCUCGUCACAGCGAACUCCAGCGCAUUGAGCAGACGCUCUAUGAGCUCGCUCAGCUCUACCAGGAUCUCGCCACCGUCGUCGAGCAGCAAGACCCCGUCAUUCAGGCCGCAGAGUACAACGCCGAGGAUACUGUGCAAAAUAUUGAAAAAGGCAAUGAGCAGGUUGCGCAAGCGAACAAACACGCGCGUAACCGCCGCAAGCUCAAGUGGUGGUGCGCGCUGGUGGUUUUCCUUAUCCUACUGGCCAUCGGCCUGGGUGUCGGUCUGGGCAUUCAUUUUGCUUCUCAGAAAUAG